CCACCAUCCCUCCUCCUACACAAUCCACUCUCAGCAAUGGACCUCUUCUCUCUAAACAACAGCACCGCCCUCGUAACAGGGGGCACCCGAGGCAUCGGCCAACAAAUGGCCAUCGCCCUCGCCGAAGCCGGCAGCGACAUAAUCCUCAUCCAGAGAGACCCCACGAACCUCACCACCAAAAACGCAAUCGAAUCCCUCUCCCGCAAAGCCACAAUCUACACGGCGGACCUCUCCUCGCGCGCCUCAGUGACCGCCCUAAUCGCGCGCAUCCUGGCCGACGGCCACGACAUCAACAUCCUCAUCAACUGCGCGGGCAUCCAACGCCGCCACCCGAGCCACCUCUUCCCGGACGCCGACUGGGACGCCGUGCUGCAGACGAACCUGACCACAGUCUUCACGCUGUGCCGCGACGUGGGCCGGUACAUGCUGACGCGCCCACCGGAUACGCACGGCCAGCGCGGCGCGAUCAUCAACGUCGCCUCGCUGGUCUCGUUCCAGGGCGGGCUGACGGUGCCGGCCUACGCGGCGGCCAAGGGCGGGGUGGCGCAGCUCACAAAGGCGCUGAGCAACGAGUGGGCGGCGCGCGGGGUACGCGUCAACGCCGUCGCGCCGGGGUAUGUGGCCACGGAGAUGAAUACCGCCUUGUUGAAUGAUGCGGACCGUUCAAGAAGUAUCCUCGACCGGAUCCCGGCGGGCCGGUGGGCGAGUCCGGAGGAUUUCAAGGGGGUCACGGUGUUCCUGGCGGCGGGGCAGGCGAGUGGUUAUGUUUCGGGGAGUGUGGUCGUUGUGGAUGGGGGGUGGAUGGGAAGGUGAUACAUACCCAAGCUUAUUAUUGGGCUAGGAAAGGCAAGAUGGUUUUGGCGGCUGCGAGGAAAGUCAAGGGUGCGUGGCAGCUGGUAUACCAUGCUGCUAUACUGCGAUAUUCCAAAGAUUUACAUCUACUCAACCAUUUCCGUGCCACUUUGAUACCCGAUCGCCUGUCGGCUGUUUCAACGCAACAGAGUAGCUAUGCUGGUAUGCAUAGCACAACAAACCAAACGUUGCCCUGCGGUACGAUUAAGCUAUUGGAUAAAUGCUAGCCUGUCUACCAAUCUCGAACCUUGAAUCGACUGAUUCUAUCAUUCUAUGUUAACCCUAGCUCUUAGCUAAAGUGGA